CUACCUAGCAAGCAGAUUAAAGCUGCGUCAGCUGUUGAUCUCAAAGCUCAAGUGAAGCUCUACUCGGCAACUAAUAGCUAGAGCCAAAUCUUUCAGCUUUCUAUGCCUGGAACACGAUAGCUGCUUACAUACGUUCUUCUUUGGUCGGUGGUCGGCGAUGGCCGGGAGGAACAUCGGCGUGGCGGUGGACUUCUCGGCGUGCAGCAAGAACGCGCUUCGGUGUGCGGCGGCGAACCUGGCGGCGUCCGGCGACCGCCUCAUCCUGAUCCACGUCAAGAGCUCGUACCAGUACGAGCAGGGGGUGGUGCAGCUCUGGGAGCACGACGGCUCACCGCUGAUCCCUCUGGUGGAGUUCUCGGACCCCCGGGUGAGCAAGAUCUACGGCCUGGCGCCGGGCAGGGAGAUGCUCGAGAUCCUCACACGGGCGGCCAACCAGAAAGGGGUUCAAGUGUUUGCCAAGGUGCUCUGGGGUGACCCGGGGAAGAAGCUGACGGAGGCGGUCCAGACGAUUCCACUGCAGUGGCUGGUCGUAGGAAACAGAGGGCUCAACAGGGUCAAGAGGUUUCUUAUGGGAAGCGUGAGCACCUAUGCAGUGAACCACACGACCUGCCCUGUCACUGUUGUCAGGGAGAACAAGCUGCCGUCAGCUGCAACCACCAACUACUAAUAAGGAGCCCGGGUAGAUUUCCAUGUAAAUUAAGGAGUA